AUGGAAAAUAAGGUGUGGCUACCCAUGGCUGAUACGGCAUGUACGAAGCCGAACACAGCUGCAGAAUACGUCGCUGCUCAUUUGUCGAAGAUCCACGGCCUCGACUGGCAUCCGGAGAACGAGUUCAUCUUUGCGACAUCGAGCCAAGACAACUCCGUCAGGUUUUGGGAUCACCGACAGCCGAGAAAGUACCUGAACAUUCUGUCGUGUCAAGUACCAGUGUGGAAGGCCAGAUACACCCCCUUCUCAAACGGCCUGGUGACGGUGAUGGUUCCGCAGCUGCGCAGAGAGAACAGCCUCCUCUUGUGGAGCGCUCUGGAACUGAACAACCCUGUGCACGCCUUUGUGGGACACGACGACGUGGUGCUGGAGUUUCAGUGGAGGCCUCAGAAAGAAGGCUCUAAGGACUAUCAGCUGGUCACAUGGUCCAGAGAUCAGACCUUGAGGAUCUGGAGAGUGGAUCCGCAGCUUCAGAGGCUGUGUGUGAGCGAUGUGGACGACCUCAUGGAGGGACUGACUCUCACCACAGAAGCAGAGAAGCCGCUGUCUCCGGAGCCUCCACACAGCUCCGGGCCUGUCUCCGGGAGCACGCACGAAAAGUCGAGCAGAGAGAGCGACUCGGACAGCAGUGACUCGGACUCGGACUCGGACUCGGACUCUGAGGCGGAGGAGGAGACGCGGCCUCCCAUGGACGUGUUCAAGGCCAUUUUCUCCUGUUCCUCCGACGAGAAAUCUUCAUCCGAGAACGAGGAAGAAGAGAAGGAAGAACCGGAGCACAUCACACACAAUCUCUUCAACAUCGACAUCAGCGCUCUCCCCGCCCCUGCUGUAGCCACGCCCCCUAGUGCGCCAAUCAACCGGAACACGGGCAGGAGCACAGGUCUCCGGCCCAGAUCCAGGUCUCCCAGUCCAGGUGAGAAAUCCAAAAAGUCCAAAGACAAGAAAAACAAGAAUAAAAAGGAGCAUAAGCACAAGAAGGAGAAGAAGAAGAAGAAGCAUAAAAAACAUAAGCACAAAGGCAAAGAGAAGAAAAUUCGGAAAGACGAGAGCAGCUCUGAAAGCGACAGCGACGAGAACGCGGCAGAAGUGUGUACAGAGGAACUGCUCCGGAGGUUGAAGACCGUCCGCUCUCAGUGUCCUCUGUGA